AUGGACUACAACAUAGCGAGCCUUCAGUACGUGGGCCUGGGAUUCCGCGUGAUGGCUGAUGGGGGGUGUCCUGGAAAUGCCUUCGAGGAGCUGGCUGCGGGGCCUGGGCUCGUGCGCUCUGCCACCAGCACCUCUCCGCACCCGCCCCUGCUGGCCGAGCUUCCUGGAACACCACCGGGCAGCGCGCACAGAGGACCCAGCAGUCCCCGCAAGCCCAGAAAACGCGUGGGGGUAUAUUCCUCCCGGUUCAAGGGCCACCUGACUGUGGUGUUUGGGGCAAGAGGACCCCAAGAAGUACCCCAACAUAAGAAGAGGAGCACCAAGAUCCAGGAAAAUUUUGCCAGAAAGUUUCCGUACAGGUUCUCUUGGCUGACGGCCCCCAACGCAGAGUUCCCGAAGCCCUGGGAGGCCACGAAGAGAAAUGACUCACUGCGGGAUCAGCUGCUGCAGAAGAUGCUGGUGCCAACAAGAUCCAUUCCAGUCAGAGGGCUUGGGGCACCAGAUUUUACAUCACCGUCCAGCCUCAGCCCCCCACCGCUGCCGCCUCCACAGAGCUACCUUUGGGAAUUCAAGCUACUGAGCCACCGUUUCCCUGGGUCAGGAGUCCCUGCUGCCCUCACUGGUGCCCAUGCUGCCCACCCCUCCAGAGGCCUCUCCUAGAGACCAGCUCUGUGCGGCCUCCCUCUCGGCCACCUUGCAGUGGCCCCAGAGCCCUCCCUUCCGGACAGAGGUGAACUUGAGUGGGGGGCACCGCCUCGAAGGGGCUAUUCAUCUCCUCAGAACCCACACCGUGUGAAUAAACAUCGCAGGUUCACAUCCUGUGUCCACUUGCAUGGAGCACUUUGC